AAAUUAAUGUCUAUUUUUCUUUUAUAAAAUAAAAAAGUACUCGUAAUUUAAUUUAAAUAAGCAUAAAGGACCCCAAAAGAAUAUAUACCAUAGUUGCAGAGAUCUUCGUUUCGAAAGGAAAAAGAAGCAACUAUUUGCAGUUUCUAUCUUCGUCGGCCAUUGCAGAUUUCGCCAUCGGAUAAACUCUAACUCUUUGAGCAUAGCUGCUACCAUCACCAGAUUCUUGAGUUUGUCUGCUGUUCUCGAGAGAAGUUCCUUUCUUUCUCCCUCUUUUAAAAUUGCGCGCUUUCACCCUUUUUUUUCCUUUUUCUAUUUAUAUCGUAGAAUGGGAAGCACAAGUGAGACAAUCUACGGUGCCUACACAUACGAGAAUCUCGAGCGGGAGCCUUACUGGCCAUCUCAAAAGCUCAAGAUCUCCAUCACUGGUGCUGGUGGCUUUAUUGCCUCACACAUCGCCAGGCGUUUGAAGAGCGAGGGCCACUACAUAAUCGCAUCCGACUGGAAGAAAAACGAGCACAUGACUGAGGAUAUGUUCUGUCAUGAAUUCCACCUUGUGGAUCUGAGGGUUAUGGAUAACUGCCUGAAAGUGACUGAAGGUGUGGAUCAUGUUUUCAAUCUGGCAGCCGAUAUGGGUGGCAUGGGCUUCAUUCAGUCGAACCACUCAGUCAUCAUGUACAACAAUACAAUGAUCAGCUUUAACAUGAUUGAGGCCGCCAGGAUUAAUGACGUUAAGAGGUUUUUCUAUGCCUCCAGUGCUUGUAUCUAUCCUGAAUUUAAGCAGUUGGAAACUAAUGUGAGCUUGAAAGAAUCUGACGCGUGGCCUGCUGAGCCUCAAGAUGCCUACGGGCUGGAAAAGCUUGCAACUGAGGAGCUAUGCAAGCACUACAACAAGGAUUUUGGAAUCGAGUGCCGCAUAGGAAGGUUCCAUAACAUUUAUGGUCCUUUUGGGACCUGGAAAGGUGGGAGAGAGAAAGCACCAGCUGCCUUCUGUAGGAAGGCACUUACUUCGACUGAUAAGUUUGAGAUGUGGGGUGAUGGUCUCCAGACUCGAUCUUUUACUUUUAUCGACGAAUGUGUCGAGGGUGUUCUCAGAUUGACUAAAUCUGACUUUCGGGAGCCCGUGAACAUCGGAAGUGAUGAGAUGGUUAGCAUGAAUGAAAUGGCCGAGAUUGUGCUUAGCUUCGAGAACAAGAAACUGCCCAUUCAUCACAUCCCAGGGCCCGAAGGCGUGCGUGGUCGAAACUCGGACAACACUUUAAUCAAAGAGAAGCUUGGGUGGGCCCCAUCAAUGAAACUAAAGGAUGGGCUGAGGAUCACAUAUUUCUGGAUCAAAGAACAGCUCGAGAAGGAAAUUACUGAGGGAGUUGAUUUGUCUGCUUAUGGGUCGUCAAAGGUUGUCGGGACACAAGCUCCUGUUCAACUGGGUUCUCUCAGAGCUGCCGAUGGCAAAGAGUGAAGAAUAUACCAACAAUAGGCUUGUUUCUUUAUAUGCUCACGAGUCAGGUUUGUUUUGGGUCAUUCAAUAUUAUUCGUAAUUCUUGAAUGGGUUCCAUUUUUACAGUUUGUUCGUAUUACCAUCGUAUGCAAAUGUGAGGAUUAUCUGCAACUUUAUAUGAUAGCUGGAUCUUUUAUUUGUACUAUAAUUUGUUCUAAAUAAACCUCAGGGGUGUUAUUGCAUUUAGUCAUUUAAGUUUAUUGUUACCACUUUUCUGGAGGUGAAAUUUCAAGGUGAAAAUUGAACUACCUGAACUGUCGGAUCAAUUUGAACCGUUGGAUGUAUGUUGAUCCAACGUACCCUAGCUCAUAAGGGUAGGGUCAAACCUUCAAAUUUAUAGACAUGUUUGUAGUCUAGUAGAGAAUAUGUCACAAUCUGUUUAGUGCCAACUUUAGGAAAUUGUUUAGAGGCCACACAAUGGGUAGGGUCAAACCUUCAAAUUU